AUGGCCGACGUGGAAGAGCCACAGUUUAACACGCUGGCGGAGCGCAUCGCUGCCCUGAACCAGCAAAAGAACUUCAGCGCCCCUUCGACUGCUGGUAAACGACCUCCGCCUCCGCCCCCUGUUCGAGCUGCAACAGAUAUUCCUGUGGUUCCUCCGACAUUACCGAAUCGAAAUGAAGGUCUCCCGACUCCGUCGCUUCCUCCACGCCCAACUCGGGCUGCUUCCGCUAUUGACAGGCCUCCCCCACUGCCGCGACGAACCACCGAACAGGAUAUUCCCGAAGACAAGCCGAUGCCCACCGUGAACAAGAAGCCGCCGCCAUUGCCCUCCCGAAACUCUAUACAGCAUACCCCUCCGGCUCUCCCGUCUCGACGACCAACCCCCUCGGCUUCUCUUCCUGUCCCAGGCGUUCGAAGAAACUCCAACUCGUCCGACAUCUCACACCUUUCCAAUGUGUCCGCAUCGUCCUGGAAUAACACAGCCUCUUCGUCCGCGCGCACUAGCAUUACAUCGGAUUCCGGCCAUCCUCUUAGGAAACUACCGCCAGCUUUCGAUCAAGCUAAGCUACCGCCACUACCUCCGACACGACGGGAGCUCGAAGCAAAGGCCCGGGAAGCACAGCAAGAGCAAGAAAGAGAAGCAAAUAGAUCAGCUCCGCCCGCCGUAUCCCAAGGCCCCCCGCGACUUCCCUCACGUUCUUCUUUACCGCCUCCGUCUACUGCGUCCCGCGAACCCCCGGCACUCCCGUCACGCCCAUCUCUGCCACCCAGGCUUCCUUCGCGGCCCGCUAGGCAUUCUACCUUCCCCGACGUCGAGGAAGAGCCGGGCCCACCCCUUCCCAACCGCCGUCUGCCACCUCCAACACUCAGCGACAGACCCAAGUCGGUUCCAGAGCCAGCACCACCACCCAUCCCGCUGAGUUCCCGACCUACAUUUGAUGCCGUUGUCUCUCGAAAAGCCAAUGGCACCGAGGUCAUUCCUCGAUCAGUCUCCGCCCCUCCAGUCGGUCCAGACUGUCUCAUAUGCCGUGACUUCUCCGGGCCUGAUACUGUUGCGGCGCAGCAUCCAAUCUCUUCGCUUCCACGUCAUGACACUAUCCGUUACCUAGCCCACGUCCUCUGCGAUCCGUUCGACUCCCCCACUGACAAAGCCCGUGCCAUCUUCACCUGGUGUCACCACAACAUGGCAUACGACACCCACGGCUUCUUCAAUAAUUGCAUUCCGCACCAUUCGUCACCCGCCGAGCAGAUAUUCAGCGGCAAGGCCGUUUGCCAGGGUUACGCAGAUGUGUACAAAGCCAUUGCCCUCGCUGCCGGACUCGACUGUGUCCUCAUCAGCGGUCACGGCAAGGGGUUCGGCCACCACGAUCUAGCCUCUGGCUCUUCUGUUCCUCCUGAAGAAUCAAACCACGCCUGGAACGCGGUUCGCAUUGAUGGCGGUGAAUGGAAGAUCAUCGACGCUUGCUGGGGCGCCGGCCACCUGGGGGACGACAGACUCUUCCAUAAGAAGUUCAGUCCGGAGAUGUUCUACCUCCCCAACGAGAUCAUCGGCAAAAAACACUUUCCAACGGACCGGAGACACUUUUACCGGUCUGAUGGGCGCGUCUUGACUUGGGAAGAGUACAUUCUCGGAGACGGCCCUACUCCGUGCUGGUACGGCGACGCGGACAAAGAUGGACUGGAUCAGUUCAGCCUGGAGCCGCGUACGGCACCAAUUCCCGUCUACAGCGGCGAAGUGGUGCGGUUUCAGUUUAGCAAGGUGUGCGUGCACUGGGACCCGGAAAAGAACGGAGGGGGGAAGCAGUACCUGUUCGUAGUGGCGAUCGAGGGGCGUGAUGGCAGAAACAAGGAUUUUGUGCCCUUGGAUACGGACGGGUUCUGGUGGUGGACGGACAUACCUGCCAUUGAUCUGGGAGCGCCGGGACAGAAGAUCACCGUGUUUGCGGUGUCGACGAUUGAUAAUAAGUGUGCGAGAGGGUUGACGAAGGAGGAGUGGUUGAGAAAGAAGGGGAGGUGUGCGUACAGCUUCGUGGGGAUAUGUGCUUGGGAUUUGGUUUAAGGGAGUUGAUAUCUCGACUCUUUGCAAUGUU